GAUCCAUCUCAAAAGCUGCUUUGUUCUGCUCUGAUUGCUCUCCCUUGUUUUCCUGGGGAUCGCCUGGAGCCAGAAGGCACGCAAGCUGGCUUGCUCCGGCCCUGGAAAGGCAAGGCAACCAUCUGAAAUGCUGUGAGCUUGGCCAAGCUCUGGAGCUGUGGUUGCCUGGCGCUGGAGAUUUUCCACCGUUUCUGUUGUUCCUCAGCGAUGGCGUUCCUGAAAGUUAAUCAGGCUGAAAAUUGCUGUGGGUAAUGUCUGGAAGCAACUCAAGAGUUCUGCAGGCUUGAAUGUAGCUGGUAGGAGACGUUCUCUUUGUAUGUAGCUGAAGCUGCUGGUGGGAUCAAUCCAUCUUUCGGCGUCACGUUGUCGUUCCCACUUGGCCUUUCUUUGCCUCUUACUUCUCCGCCAAAGGUCAGCAUCGUGCAGGCUGCUGUGAUCAGCAAGAGAGCAGAAACUGUGUGAGAAGUCAAAACAGAGUCUUUGCGAAAUCUAGAGGAGGUGUCCUUAUAGAGACUACAAUUUGGAAGUGAACUGUCAAGUUGCUCUUUAGUGACAUAACUCUUUCUCGGAAUGCAGAUGCAGCUGAUGGUGGUUUCGUGCAGCCUUUAAUGGAGUUAAAAUAUUUAUGUCUGGCCCUGCAUAUGUGUGGUUUUCCCAAGUGAGAAGCUGUCUCUCUCAGUAUUUCUGUUCCAAGACUUCCCUUAGAAUCCUGUUGGAAUACUGCCAGUUGUACAACCAUUAUGUUAUCACCUGGGUCCUUCUUGAUCCCUGGAGGCUUGAGAACAUAGCUGAAGCUGCUACUUCACACCCUGAGGCUGAAGGAGCAGCCAACAGGCUCGAAUCUUGAGGUGGCCGUUAACUCUAAGAUGUCCUUGAGCAGUGGAGCUACUGGAGGGAAAGGAGUGGAUGCAAACCCAGUUGAGACAUACGACAGUGGGGAUGAAUGGGACAUUGGAGUAGGGAAUCUCAUCAUUGACCUGGACGCGGAUUUGGAGAAGGACCAGCAGAAACUGGAAAUGUCGGGCUCCAAGGAGGUGGGCCUGCCAGCCCCGAACGCUGUGGCGACCUUGCCAGAGAACAUCAAGUUUGUGACUCCGGUGCCAGGUCCGCAGAACAAGGAAGGCAAGUCCAAAUCCAAGCGGAGUAAAAGUAGCAAGGACACUGGUAAGGCUGCCCCAGGAUCCUCCCUCUUCACGCCAAGCGAGGGGACUGCUGGCAAGAAGGAGGCUCAGGGGCGCUCGGGGGAGGGCGUGAACUCUGGGGGUUUGGUGGCUGCCAUGGCCCCCAAAGGCUCUGAGAAAUCAGCCAAGACUUCUCGCAGCGUGGCGAACUCAAAGAAGGAGAAGGAAGGCGGCUCUUCCAAGAGUAAGAAAGAAAGGAGUGAGGGUGUGGGUACUCCAGCAGAAAAGGAGCCCACGGUCCUCCAGCCGCUUGCCUUGGCGGUCAGGGUUGGGCAGUACGACGGCGGCCAAGGACCUGAUCCUACUGCUGCCGCCGCCGAGCAGCUUGGAGGUAUAGCUAUUGACACGGGAUCUGCGCUCAACCCUUUGGGAGUUAAAUCAGAACUGGAAGAUGGGGAGAGCGAGUGCCGACAGCUCAAAAAGGUCAAAUCAGAGAAGAUGGAGUCUCCUGUGUCCACCCCUGCAGUGCUACCACUGCAUCUUCUUGUCCCCGUUGUUAACAAUGAUAUCUCGUCACCCUGUGAACAGAUAAUGGUACGCACUCGCUCUGUAGGGGUGAACACCUGUGAUGUGGCACUAGCUACUGAACCAGAAUGCUUGGGCCCCUGUGAACCUGGCACCAGCGUUAAUCUGGAAGGCAUCGUGUGGCAGGAGACAGAAGACGGCAUGCUGGUGGUGAAUGUUACCUGGAGGAAUAAGACAUAUGUGGGUACGCUGCUGGAUUGCACACAACAUGACUGGGCACCACCCAGAUUCUGCGACUCUCCCACCAGCGACCUGGAGAUGCGGAACGGCCGAGGGAGAGGCAAGCGCGUGCGUCCCAGUAGCAACCCACCAAUGACCGAAAGCACAACAGUCUCAGAUACCAAAGGCUCCAGCAAUAGCAGCAAGACUCGGGCAGGGACCAACAGCAAAGGACGCCGAGGCAGCCAGAACUCCUCGGAGCACCGCCUCCCCCCCAGCGGCACUUCGGAGGAGGUCAAGGCCAGUCCUUCAUCCGUGACCAAGCGAAAGAGCAAGCCUCUCUCUGAUCUGGAAGUGAAUUCCAGUUCUGAGGACUCAAAGGGAAGCAAACGUGCUCGCACAAACUCCAUGGGCUCAACGGCGACGCCUUUAGUUGCGGCGGCGGCGGCUGCCGCCGCCGCCGCCACCACCACCACCAUCAAAGUGGAGCCUGCCAUUUUGGAUAGGAACUGCCCCUCUCCUAUCCUCAUUGACUGCCCCCAUCCUAACUGCAGCAAAAAAUACAAGCACAUUAAUGGACUCAAGUAUCACCAGGCCCACGCACACACGGAUGAUGACAGCAAGCCCGAGGCUGACGGGGAUAGUGAGUAUGGAGAGGAAUCCUCUCUCCCAGCCGACUUGAGCAACUGCAAUGGUGCUUCCGGUAGCCAGAAGGGCUCUCUUUCGCCGGCCCGUUCAACUACUCCUAAAGUGCGGCUGAUAGAACCACACAGCCCCUCCUCAUCCAACAAGUUCAACCUCAAAGCUACUUGCAAGAAGAAAUUAGGUGCCGAAGGAGAUCCCGAUUCCAGUGCUCUUUCUAAUGACGGUUCUGAGGACGGCCCUUUGAUACCCGAUGAGACGAGCAAUGACGGCUUUGACUCCGUAGAGAAGAGGAGCAGUGACAAGGAAAAAACGAAAAAACUGGUUAGCAUCAAGCCCGAGAAGAUCACCUCAAAGAGCAUCAAGUCUGCCCGGCCCAUAGCCCCAGCCAUUCCACCCCAGAUCUACACUUUUCAGGCAGCCACGUUCACUGCUGCUAGCCCUGGCUCCUCCACAGGUCUCACCACAACUGUGGUUCAGGCCAUGCCUAACAGCCCCCAGUUGAAGCCCAUUCAGCCUAAGCCAACGGUAAUGGGUGAGCCUUUCGCCGUCAGCCCGACACUGACCCCUGUCAAGGACAAGAAAAAGAAGGACAAGAAAAAAAAAGAGCCCAAGGAAGCGGAGAGCCCCUUGACUCCUGGGACAGGGGGUCGGGCUGAGGAAGGCAAGAGUCCCUUCCGUGGGGAGCCCAGUGAUCCGGGGGUGAAGGGAGAGAGCCUUCUCAACGGUUCCUCUGACCCCCACCAGAGCCGCCUGGCCAGCAUUAAAGCCGAGGCGGAUAAAAUCUACAGCUUCACUGACAAUGCCCCAAGCCCAUCCAUCGGGGGAGCCAGCCGGCUAGAGAGCACGGCACCCACACAGCCCAUGACUCCACUUCAUGUGGUCACCCACAACGGGGCCGAAGCCAGCUCUGUGAAAACGAAUAGCCCGGCCUACUCUGACAUCUCCGAUGCAGGGGAGGAUGGGGAAGGGAAGCUGGAGAGCAUGAAGGUCAAGGACCCGGAUCCGAUGGCCAAGGAAGGGGCCAAGAAAGCCCUCUUUCCUUCUCAGCCUCAGAACAAGGAAUCUCCUUACUAUCAAGGUUUUGAGGCCUACUAUUCACCAGGUUACGCCCAGUCGAGUCCCAGCCCCAUUAACCCCAUCAACCAGACGUCCAUAGAGAGCCAGGCACUGAAGCUGAAGAAAGAUGACGAGCCACCGAGCCCGGAGGUGAAGGAGAAGAAUGAGACUUGUGAGGAGAAGAAGGCAGAGCUGGGUCCCUCAAGCCAGCAGCCGUCCGUCAUACAGCAGAGGUCCAACAUGUACAUGCAGUCGCUCUAUUACAACCAAUAUGCCUACGUGCCUCCCUACGGCUACAGUGAGCAAGGCUAUCAUGCGCACCUGCUCAGCACCAACCCAGCCUAUCGGCAACAGUACGAAGAUCAGCAGAAGCAGCGCCAGAGUCUGGAGCAGCAGCAGCGCGGGCUGGAGAAGAAGUUGGAUCUGGGACUGAAGGAAAGAGAGGUGGUCCUCAAGGAGGAGUGGAAGCAGAAGACUUCUCUCCCACCCACUCUGACCAAAGCACCCAGCUUAACUGACCUGGUCAAACCUGGACUCAAUAAGGCCAAGGAUCAGGGAAGCGAUGUAGCCAAGUCGGUCAUUAUCCCCAAGUUAGAGGACUCCACAAAACUCCAAGGCCAGACUAUAGAAGGUCUGAAGGGGAAAUUAAAUGAAAGCCAUCUUGGCAAAGAGACGGCAGACUCCAAGGCGGGUUUGGACUGCGGUCGUCAGGCUGAGGUGGACCCAGUGCUUUGGUACAGACAGGAGGCCGAACCCCGCAUGUGGACCUACGUUUACCCCGCUAAAUACCCUGACAUCAAAAUGGAGGAUGAGCGGUGGAAGGAAGAAAGGGAGCGAAAGUUAAAGGAGGAGAGGAGCCGUGGCAAAGAAUCCAUCGUGAAGGACGAUGGGAAAGAGAGCACCAACUCUGACUGCAAAAUGCCUUCCAGCGAGGACUCACGCUUAGUGGGGAAAGAAGCCAGAUCCGGCACCCACGUGCCCGUGUCCUCCCCCCUCAGCCAGCACCAGUCCUACAUCCCCUACAUGCACGGCUAUUCCUACAGUCAGUCGUACGACCCCAGCCACUCCAGCUAUCGUGGCAUGCCAACCGUCAUGAUGCAGAACUAUCCAGGCUCUUACCUACCCUCCAGCUACUCGUUCUCCCCCUACGGCAGUAAAUCCUCUGGAAGCGAGGAAAGCGAAAAAUCCCGAGCUAGUCCCAUUAUUGGCUGUAAGUCCAGCUCUGAAUCCAAGGCCCUGGACAUCCUGCAGCAGCACGCCAGCCACUACAAGAGCAAAUCGCCAACGAUAAGCGAGAAGGAGCGCAGCGGCUGUGGGAUAGGAGGAAACAGCGCAGGCUGCAGUAGUGUAGGGGGAGCCAGUGGGGCCGAGAGAAGUGUGGACCGGCCCCGCUCCUCCCCUUCACAGCGUCUGAUGUCUACGCAUCACCACCAUCACCACUUGGGCUACUCGUUGCUCCCAGCCCAGUAUAACCUGCCCUAUGCAACAGGUCUUUCAUCUACAGCCAUUGUUGCCAGUCAGCAAGGUUCCGCUCCUUCCCUGUACCCCCCGCCCCGAAGGUGAAAAUGGACACGACCGAUAAGGUAACCCGGGCUGUACCAAGACAUGUGACCGGCUCACAUGAGGAAGCGCUGGAAACUGCAUUAGACACCAGUUGAAUGGCGUUGAUUGUUCUGCCUGACGGUCCUGCCACAGUGUGAUGCAGACUCUGCCCCUCCCCCCCACUGAGCACACGCUGAGCCCCGUACGAGUUGAGUUACGGAGCUGGGACUUGCCGAAAUAUUUAUUCAUCUGACUUGGGGCGACUGGCCGUUUUCCAGAACUCUUCUGGGAAAGAAGCAGCGUGACAUCGCAGGACCUUUGGGGGAAAAAAAAAACGUUGGGGAGGAGGAGCGCACGAGCUGCGCGUUCCACCCACACAGCGGCUCCCUGGUUCCUGGGCUGCAGCCGAGAAAGCCAUUCCAGAGUUGGCGGAAGAGAAGGUCCAGAUGGUGGGUUUGGGGUUCUCUUUCUCCAUUCUUUUCAUUGGUGAGAAGUAGUCACGUGGCACAAGCAGGUAGGUGGACUCUCGCAAAGAGCCCCGGAAGCCCGAGGCUCUCCUGCCUCAACGCUGGCCUUUCUCGGUCAGGAAAAAGGUUACCGGACGUCUCUGUAGCACUUUGCCUUGGGGCCUGCUGCUCCCGGAAAGGCCGUCCCACCCGCCGUUUUUCUAAGCCCUCUCCCUGCUGGCGGGACUUGCGUGUUGCGAGGCAGCAGCAACUUUGCUCCCCAGCACAAAACAACCUCUCAGCACUGCCGAUCACAUGGCCUUCGGGCAGGCUGGUCCUGCUUCUGUCGGGGCCCCCACCGUGGCCCGGCAGUCAAGUCGCUCCUCUCUGCUUGAAGGGUGCCUGUCGCUCCUGUCUUCCCCAGCCCUUUCCACAGAGGAAGGAAGCCUUGCUGCCGUGGCCCGGUUGUCUGGGGCAGAGCUGCUUGAUUUUUCAGGCCUUCCCCACACCUGGAAAACCCUCCCUUCUCGGCAAGGAAUGAAGCGAGGGCUGGCUGUGCCCUGCGGUUUCGAAAAGAACCAAGCUUGACCUUGCUGACAUUUAGCCACCAGCCCCCUCCCUGCAAAGCCCUGCUGCGGUUGCAGCUUCUACACGGGUAAGCAGGCAAGAAGCAGUUCCCUCCUGCUAAAUGCCCCCCAGCCCCCCAUGCAUUGCCGGACCUCUGCCUGGCUGUCUCUCAUUCCCUACCCCUUGCCAGUGUCCUUGACGGACCCAUCUGACCCCCGGUUCCUGCAGAGCUGUCAGUUGGAAUGGUAAGGGGCCCAAGUCCCGCCCUCCCAAGCUGACUCUUCAGGAAUGGGCGCGGUCGGUCGGUCUGUCUGAGCGGUGCAAGUUCCCAGCUCUUGUCUUUCUAUUCCUGUCUGUAUGUUGCGCGAGGCCACCCGCUGCCUCUUGGACUUUGUACAUACUGUAAAAAGGAAUUGUUUGAAAUUUGUCGGGGUUUCUUUUUUCCUUUCCCGGCUGGAGUCCUCACCUAGCUUUCAUCAAAGUACCUGGGGGAGGGGGGGCAGCAAGCAGAAGAGACUGCUUACCCUGGGGCACAGUCUCGUUUGGUAGCAACUCCCGCCGUCUCAAAGCACACUAGGAAGUGUGCUGCAGCAUCCUCUCUGCCUUUUUGGCACUUGCCCUUCAAGGCCUCCUGCAGGGAGAGCUUCCAAUGGUUGCCUUAGAGCUAUCACCUAGGAGUAGGCAACCUUGGCUCUUUUAUGACUCGUGGACUUCAGCUCCCAGAAUUUCUGAGCCAGUCCUAAAAGAGCCAAGGUUGCCUACCCCUGACCUAGGACUUCUCACCCAAACAAGAGGACCACCUCAAAGGCAAAAAAGUUGGGAGGCUGCAAGCCUUUUCUGACCAGCACAGGCCUGUAAGAACAUUCAAUAGUAGAGCGCUCACCACCUGAUACGGUUUUAUGAAGUCAUGACUCAGGUAGCCACAAAAUGCAACAGCCACAAAAUGCGACAAGGCGAGAGAGUCUUGUAGUGUCAGCGAGUAAACCUCAGGGUUACCUACUUCGAGGCGGAGCCUUUACAGAAGCACCGUGUUGUAGCAAGCUCUUGUAAAAAAAAAAAAAAAAGGAUAAGGAAUGACGGGAGUUCUCUUCCGGGCCUGACUUUAUGCUCCUGACCUUACUAGGUAAGGUAUUUGUAUAAGAAAGGCCCUACCUCAGCAGCAGGAUCCUUGCCCUCUUGGGUGCAUGCAAAGCUUUGGCCUUUUGUUUGUAUUGGUGUUAGUGUAUUGCUGUUGUUGUUUUUUUUUAAAAAAAAAAUACAGAUAGUCA